CCACAAGGGUCUUUCUGCUCCUCCAUCAAGCACCCGCCAUGGAAGACAUGAACUGCCAUCCGCAGUGUCGAUGAGUGCUAAGCGGAGGGAGCAAGGCGGCGGCCGACAGAGGAAUGUGCGCAAGUUCAACGAGAGUGAGAUAAAGGAUAUCCUCUCGCCGACCGAGGACAAGGAUUCGCCCGAGUCCGUCACGAAGUUGCUCUUGCCAGUCCUCGAGACAUCGGGGGGAAGCGGCUCUGUCGAGAUUCACGGACGGCUGUCUGAAUCUCGGCAGGCGCCGCGAGGCACUGCUGCGGUGAACUUCUCUGACAAGGCGAUUCUGGAAGCCGCCACCAAAGGUGGAGAGCCGCACGCUCGCGUCCUUGAGGAGGUUAUGGGUGACACCGGUCCGUUCGGGUUCGUAGACCGCGACGUGCUGACUUUUCGAGGCAAUUUGCUCUUCCCUUCCUCCCCGAGUAAUUACCCAGACGGACGCAUCUAUGUCGUCCAACCGUCCAGUGUGGACGGAUCGAUAUUCUUCCUUACGUCUGUAGGAGUGUGGAGGUUAGGUAACAGAUCAAGCGCGGACGGUGCUGAUGCGGUCAGUCUUGCUGCUGGCCCGUUCCCCGACGUGCGAGCUUUCACGAUCGUUGAUGUGGACAUGUACGGUGGGCAAGGGAGAUUCCUUCUGGUGUCCGUGGCCGAGGGCAAGGGUAAGGGUGAUACCCUGCGAGCUUUCAGGUUGGACUCGUAUGAACCCCCUUUCAGCAUCCGCAAUGUUACGGGCUUGGAGACUAACAUUCUUACCCUUGUUGGGGAUCCGUCACGGCCCAACGUUUACUUUACAACGGACAAAGGGAUCUUCAAGAUGCAGCUCCCCUUAUACGGAUUUGGCUCAAUAGUUCCCCUCGUCCGUGAAGAGUCGGCCAUUGGAUCCGCGCAAGCCAGCAGCCCCGGUGACGCGGGUUUCGAGCGGGUUCGGUUGAGCCAGCAUGCGUUCUCUGCUUAUGGGCAGCUUAUGUACGUUGCCGACUGUUAUCAGAACUCCGUCUACCGCGUUUGGUUUCCAUGCGGACAGGUGGAGCGGAUCCAGGGGGGGUCAGUCGCAGUGGAUUUGGCCUGCCCCUAUGGAUUAGCGUUAACGUCGGACGGUUGUAACCUGUUCGUGUCAGAGUUUAGGACAGGGAGGAUCACACUAAUCACCUUCGAGAGCAAUGGUGGCCACGUGAGGAGCAUCCGAACACUCGCAGGUAGGAGCAGCGGUCGCUAUACGGAAUCGUCCAUGGACCUAUUCGGUUUGGCGAUCUCCCCAGGUGGGUCGUAUCUAUACGUCGGAGCGGACGACGCGAUCUACAAGUUCGACAUAGACACUUGGGGCUUGCCCUCCUGCUCAAAUUCGUACUCUGCUGCUGUCAGGAGCUCCAGCCCCCAGGCUGCCAAGAAGCAAACCGAUCUCACACCCGUUGUCAUCACUCUAGCCGUCGUUUUGCCCGUCGUAUGUACCGCGUUCGGUGCAUUACUGGUCUGGUGUCUCUGCGGCUUACAGCGGCGGCGGCGAGAGGCGGAGUCACGAGCAAUCGAGAGGCCCGUGCAGUCAAUCGAUACCAUAGAUGCCCGGGCGCCGCGAUCGCAGCAGAUCGAGCCAGUGGCUUUCACAAACAAUUCGACGGGUGCGGGGAACUGGUGGCAAAGACCAGCCGGAGGAGGGACGUUGGCCAAUGAUCGUCUUGACGUUGUUGCUGCGUAGCGUUCGCUUUCCUUUUUCCUCAAAAACGGCCCAGGGGCAGAAUAAGACACCUCAAUCAGGCUACCAUCG